ACAACGGAUUCGCGAGCGUUUAGAACAAAUUUUCGAGUCAUUGGCGCGUAACGCGCAACGUGGUGCCUGUGCACUGGGAUCUAACCAGGCUAUACACAGCUACAACGGUACGUUACUUUGGAAAAUUGAUAACUUCAAGAAGAAGAGACAGGACGCCAUAAAUGGUGUAAAAACAGCCUUGUACAGUCCGCCAUUCUACAGUUCUCAACCUGGUUACAAGAUGUGUGCUAAGAUCUAUAUGAAUGGCGAUGGUUUUGGAAAAGGAACUCAUUUAUCUUUGUUUUUUGUUGUUAUGAAAGGUGAUAACGAUGCACUUCAAACAUGGCCUUUCCAAAAGAAGAUCACAAUGAUGUUAAUGGAUCAAGGAAAUGGUGAUCACAUGAUUGAUGCUUUUCAUUCAGAUCCUCAAAGUUCCUCAUUUCAGCGACCAAAGUCAGAUAUGAAUAUUGCUUCUGGAUCGCCACUCUUCAUGCCAUUGGAAAGUUUGAAAAAUCGUCAGUAUAUUAAAGAUGAUACUCUUUUUCUUAAGAUGAUAAUUGACUGAACAAUUUCUAAAAUUAUAAGCAAGUUUCGAUUAUA